CAUUACCAGCAAUUCAAAGUGCAGAGGAUAUGUUGCUUUAGAAGCAGCACUCCCCUUUAAAGAAACAACACUGGAGCAGAGUUUCUAAAAAAAAAGGGCAAGCGCAAAACGAUGAAGACGAUGAUGAGGAGGGCUUUCACCACCUGCUUCAAUUCAAACACUCUUCUUCCAUUCUCAAGACUAGGUAUUACUACUACUACUACGACUCCUUGUUGUCGUGUUAUUGCAUUGCUUCGAUUGCAUUCACUUUCUCAAUAUCCCACUUGCCCUAACCCUAAUCACAUACCCAAUCAUCUUUCGGAAUUUCAACAAUUAUUGUUGGAGAAAUCUAGAGUUGGUUUUGAUAAGCCUGAUGAUGCUCUUGUUGUGUUCAAUAAAAUGCUCCGUAUGAAACCUCUGCCUAGUGUUAUCGACUUUACUCAACUCUUGGCCGCCCUGGUCAAGAUGAAACAUUACUCCGUGGCUGUCUCUGUCUUUUCAAAGAUGUGCUCUUUUAGCCUUCCUGUUAAUAUAAUUACUUAUAGUAUUGUCAUCAACUGUUGUUGUCAUUUGAAACGAGUUGAUUAUGGCUUUACGCUGUUGGCUGCCAUCUUUAAGCGAGGUUUUGUCCCGGAUGUUGUUACCUACACAACUCUUCUCAGGGGACUCAUUUCCCAGGACAAGUUUCUUGAGGCUGAGCUUCUCUUCAAGAACCUUCUCAAGCAAAAUCAAGUUGAGCCCAAUGCAGUUAUCUUUAACACCAUUAUUAAUGGCCAGUGCAAAACAGGCAACACUUCCCAGGCUAUGAUGUUGCUUAGAUACAUGGAGAAGAAAGGUUGUAUGCCGAACGUAGUAAAUUAUAGCACUGUUAUUGAUAGUUUGUCCAAAGACAGAUUAGUUGAUGAUGCUUUGAGCCUUCUUGCCGAAAUGAGUGACAAAGGAAUUCAACCAGAUGUUGUAACCUACAGCUCAUUAAUUCAUGGUAUGUGCAACCUUAACCGAUGGGAUGAUAUAACACAAUUGUUAAAAGAUAUGGACAGACACAAAAUUUCCCCAGAUAAGCAUACCUACAAUAUAUUGGUUGAUGCACAUGCAAGAGAUGGAAAGGUCAGAGAUGCUGAGUAUCUGAUAGAGUUGAUGAUUCGAAGAGGCCAAAAUCCUGACGUAGUCACGUAUAGUGCACUCAUGGAUGGAUACUGCUUGCGGGGAGAAUUGGAUAAAGCGUUAGCGUUGCUUAAAACCAUGAGAAAUAAUGGGAUUUCCCCGGAUGCUCAUACCUAUACCAUAUUAAUCAAUGGUUACUGUAAGAAGAUGAAAGUAGACACAGCCAUACAUCUCCUAGAAGAAAUGACCCUGAAAGGUUUAACACCUACAGUUGAAACGUACAGUACUAUUCUGGAUGGGUUAUUUCGUACGCGUAGGCUUGAUGAAGCACAUAGGUUUUAUAAGAAGAUGUUAAACCAAGGUGUCAAACUGAAUAUAGUGACAUGCAGGAUCUUGUUGCGUGGACUUUGCUGGAAUGGACUUGUUGGUGAAGCAAUGACCAUGUUUCACAAUAUGGAGUCAUGUGGCCUAGUUCCUGACAUAUGCGUUUAUAACAUUCUGAUUCAUGGAUUGUUCAAGGACGGCAAAGUUGAUGAAGCAAGAAACCUUUUUCAAGAUAUUCUUUUAAAGGGUUUACGGCCUAGUGUCAUAUCCUACAACAGUAUGAUACAAGGAUUUUGUCAAGAAGGGUUGCUGGAUGAAGCAUAUAAAAUACUUUUGGAAAUGGAAGAGCACAAUUGCUUGCCUGAUGAAGUUACCUACAACACUCUUAUCCGCGGCUGCUUUAAGAAUAAGAUGUAUGAUGGAGGUUGUGUGCUUAUAGAUGAGAUGGUUGCUCAUGGUUUCAAAGCAGAUGCCUCUACCACCUCCAUGCUCUUCGAUUUGCUGCAAUCGAAAGAGCAGGACCCCGCGCUCCUUGCUUUGCAGAAGAAGUUCAUGCCUUGAGUACAUCAAUGAGAGAGUUCAUAAUACUUUUAAAUCAAAUCCUGGAUUUUCCAAACAAGAGAUUUGAACAAAUUCUGGAUUUGAAAUCAAAACCAUGUUACCAAACAGGGCAUUAAGGUGCAAAAUACUUUUAAAUUGCCAGUACUUCAUAAUAGUGUGCUACAAAAUUUUAAAUCAAUAGCAAUUGUGAUAUUAGAGAUAAUAGAAUGUAUUUUUGUUGAAUAUCAAAUUUCGAACUGGUGGCCGUGUUGUAUUUGCAUCUUUUCAUAAAACGAGAAGUGUGGUAGAGCAUCUGUUUUUCUUUAACAAAGAGCUGGUUUCUUGGGAGAUGCAUACCACCUAUAUAUUACUGGACCUUCUAUUCUUGCUCUGCAUGGUACACACUGGAAUCUGUUCAUCCGGUGUAAAAAUUAUUAUUUACUUGCACUUUCUUGUAAGUUUCUUAUCUAUAAUCAUAAUCUACUUGGAUUUUUGUUUACUGUAGGGUUAGUUUAUAGUUGCAGAAAGUAGUGUUUAGUGUUUAGUGCAGCAAGAACAGUUACAAUAAAUACUUGAUAUUAUGUAUUUUGUUCAUCAUCUCUAUGUGGUUUUAAAAUAUUCUACUAUAAGAAAGGGAAAUUAUAGAAACUACUGUUUAUAUAAUAUUAAACUUGUUUUCAGUUUUACUGUAUUCACAAUUUUAUUUUUAUUUUUUUGCUAAAUACUGUAGUCACAAAUUUGUUUUUAGAAAAUGCCUCCAGUCAAGUUUGUUUAUUCAGAAAUAUUUAAUGCAACUACAUAUACACCUGUCUGCAACUAUUAUUGUAAAGCUGUAAGAACAUUGUGGAGAUGGUAGAUUAUGGUUGAAGAAAGUAGAAGACAAUGACCAAGGCCAUCAUUACCUCCAUAAGAUUAAUCCACUCUCUCUUUUCUCCACUUGAUCUGACCCUGAUCCCAAAACCCCCUAAACUCCUUCAUGGAUACCUCAUCCGCAACUUAAACAGUUACUUCAUAAGUAAAAUGGUCGGUUGUAUGAGUUCCGUGGUGCUAUUCUUGUGUUAGACAAAAUGCUCCAAGUGAGACCUCGUACUAGUGUUAUCGACUUUAAUUAACUGUUAUCCACCAUCAUUACAAUGAAACAAUACUAUGUUGCUAACUCUUGUUACUGAUACUUAUGCUUUUGCCUUCCAGUUUCAUCAUUCUAGUUUUUCUGAUCAUUCAGAUUUGUACUAAAAUACACACUCACCACUAAUGUUUUUCAUCCAAUUUCAUCAUUCUAGUUUGACGAUCGACGACUAUGCACUCCAGCUAUAAAUCUGGCCUCACAAUCACCGACGUCAAAAACCUCAUCGGGAUUCCUAGCAGCCCCAGAUCAUCACCGAGAUGAUUAAUGGAUCCCAUAAGUUUCUAUCUGGAAAGGGAAGAAUAAGCAGAGUCAUUUUGUUUGAUCAUUGGAAGCUGGGUUCUCAGAAGAUGCAUACCACCUGUAUAUUUCAGGACCUACUCCGAACAAAUUAAAAGGACCCUUCUACUCUUGCUUUGUGUAAAAAGUUUUUGUCAUGGGCACUGCCAUCUGAUGAUGCAAACCCUCUGCAGAAUUAUUAUGUACUUGCAUUACAUUAAGAAGAAGAAAACUCUGUAAGCUUAUUCACAAGCACACCAUUGCUUUAUUGCCUCAUCCCUCUGUUGCGUGGAAUUUUAGCUAAUGCACAUCUCUAAGUUACUGGAUCUAGGAAGAACAAAUGCAGAUGACUCUUCUAUUAUGACUUUGCAAUUAAUAUCCAGUUCUAAUAUCAUAUUAAAAGAAUCAGGUGCAAGAGGGAGAGUUAACCAUAAUCAUCUAUUACUCAGCUACCACCGAAAUGAGACCUUAAAAGGUACUUCCAAAAUCGCCAAACCUCAAAUUCGAAUUAAACCACAGUUUCGAGUUUCCAGGGUUAUUCUGCUUCACUGCAGGGUUAAUUUGUUGUUGCAUAAAGGAUUAUACGGUACAGCAAACGUGGAGUACAACAAAAGCUGCAAUGAUUUCUUGAUAUGCAUGGUUUUGUCCCGGAUCUUGUUACCUACACAACUCUCGUCAGGGAACUUCUUGUCCAAUUAAAGCUUGCGGCGUAAUUAUAUAUCCUGCACUAUUAUGAUCCAAGGAUUUUGCGGGAAAGGGCUACUGGAAGAAGCAUGUAAACUAUUUAUGGAAAUGGAAGCUAAUCAUUACUUGCCUAGUGAUGUUACAUGCAACACUCUUAUUAGUGGCUGCUUUGAGAAUCAAAAAUAUGAUGAAGGAUGUGUGCUUAUAGAAGACACGGUUGAUGGUUUCUCAGCAGAUGCCUCAACCGCCUCUAUCCUAUUAGAGUUGCGCGACUCGAAAGGGCAGGACCUGGCUCUCCUGGCUUUUGCAAAAGAAGUUUUUGCCUCAUGUACAUCAAGGAGAGGCUUUUCCAAAGGUACAUAAUUCUUUUAGGGAUCCGGAUCCCUGACAUACAUAUGUUAGUGGCAUAUGUUGAGCGGAGAAAAAGCGCUGAAUAGUUAACCCAAAAUUUUUUAUGUAUAUACAGGGGUGCUAGAAUAUCAUUUGGCAGAAAAUUGCCUCAUCCUAAGAUUUUUCAGAGUUUUUUUCCCAUUGGAUGUAUGCUAGUGUUAUUCGUAUGUUCAGGAUAGUCUGUCUUCUUUUAAAAUUUCAAUAAUUUGUAAGAGUUCUGAAGCGGUGAUAUAAAAUGUGCUGUUGACAGUUUGAUAA